CGCCGAUGGUGGCCGAGAGCCAGAGACCGCUCUCUGCUGCCGCCUGCUAAACGCGGCUCCACACACAUGGUAGUACGGUACGGUACUGAGGCAUGAAGCGGGAGAGCCGGUCGAUGCAUUUGACUUGGGUGAUGACAAGGCGAGGGCGUCAUCAUGCAUGCAUUAUCCGGGCUCUACAUCUACUACCCGUCGUCUCAACCGCCGUCCAUGUGGCCACUUCGCUGCCUCUCGUGGUCCCAUGUGGGAUCCUCCAUUUCUUUAUCGCGCCAUGCAUGCUUUUAUUCCGAUCAACCUUGGAUCAGUCGUCUGCUGUAGCUAGCAGGAGACUUGCGCGUAAUGGCCGAAUUAAUAAGAGAGUUGAAGUACGCUGGCAAAGCUAGUGGCCACAACUAAUGUAAAUAAUCUCAACUGUGCUACCGACGUGCAUAUGGUACGUACGCGCCACCGUACGUACCAGUUGUCAAAGGCUGCUUUGUGCCCUUUGACAUUGGCGCUACCGUUGCAUGCAUGUGAGCUUCAAUUCGACCCAUAGGCAACAGGAGAGAGGAAUAACGUACGUACGUACGCGCCGUGCAAUCAAUCAUGCCGGCCGGCCAGCCCCCUCUAGCUAGCUAUAUUCCCUGCCAACGACCAUCAUUCCGAUGAUCGUCGUCCCAGCAACAAGCUGCUCUUCUGCUGAUGUUAUUUAAGCCGUACUGCAUGCCAUGGUCCUCGCAACCCGUCCUCCAUUGAUGAUCAACAACAAUAAUCCUCAUAUCAUCUCCCUCUAGCUACUGCCUUGUCCUGAUACUAGCUAGCUAGCUAGCUAUCGCGCUGGACGACCGGCCUUGAGCUCUAUCUCUGGUGAUCUGGUCCGGCCAUCACAAAGCGAUCGAUCGAGAUAUGGCCGGCACCACGGUGGUGGCGCCGCAGCUAAAGCCCUCCUUGUUGGCCGCGCUCGUCCUUGCGCUGCUCCUCACGUCGGCAAUGGCGGCGAACUACUGGAACAGUGGGACGGCGACGUUCUACGGCGGCGCCGACGGCUCCGGUACCAUGGGUGGCGCGUGCGGCUACGACAACCUGUACAACGCAGGCUACGGAGUGCUGAACGCCGCGCUGAGCCAGGUGCUGUUCAACGACGGCGCCUCGUGCGGCCAGUGCUACAGCAUCAGGUGCGACGCCAGCAGGUCCGUGUGGUGCAAGCCCGGCACCAGCGUCACCGUCACGGCCACCAACCUGUGCCCACCCAACUACGCGCUCCCCAACGGCGGCUGGUGCGGCCCGCCGCGGCCCCACUUCGACAUGUCCCAGCCGGCGUGGGAGAACAUCGGCGUCUACCGCGGCGGCAUCAUCCCCGUCCUCUACCAGCGGGUGUCAUGCUCCAGGCAGGGAGGCGUGCGGUUCAGGAUCACUGGGUCCAAGUACUUCCAGCUGGUCCUCAUCACCAACGUCGCCGGCAGCGGCUCCGUCCAGUCCAUGUCGGUGAAGGGGACGAGCACCGGCUGGAUCGCCAUGACGCGCAACUGGGGUGCGCAGUGGCAGAGCAACUCGGCGUUGCUCACCCAGGCGCUCUCCUUCACCGUCACCUCCACCGCCGGCCAGACGCUGUACAUCAACAACGUCGUGCCGGCGUGGUGGGACCUCGGCAUGACAUUCGCCACCAACGCGCAGUUUGACUAUUAGCUCCAUCUCCAUCUCGGAACCGCAUAAUCGCAUCAAUCAUAUCGAUGACACCUCGGUGAAGCCGGUGGCGGCAUCAGAUCUGAUGCAUGGCAACACCCCGCAGUCGGAGGUAGACGAGGAGGCAGGACAGGGGUGCAGAUGCUCAGAAGGAGCAGCGGGGAACAGGGAGUUAAAGAAUCAAGAGGAAGAAGAUGCGGAGUCUGAGAAUGAGAAAUAUAGCUGUUGGAGAUGCUAAAAUCAAUAGCUAAAAACACCGUUCUACUUUGCUAAGAGUCAACUUUAUAA